CCGCCCGGGCCACCGCGGCGAUUGGCAGCGGCGCCUGUCGCUCUCCGCCCCGGCGGCCGCCUCCCCCCUCCACCUUGACUCCCCUCUGGCGCGCUCUCCUCCGGCUCGCCGCCGCCGCCCCCCCCGUCCUCCUCCCAGUCCCGGCGGCCGGCUCGGCCUCGGCGGCGCCUGGCUGCAGCUGCGGCGGGUGGCGCGGCGCAGCGGACUGGAGAGCGGGCGGCGGCGGCAGCAGGAGCUCCGCCACCGUCUCCAAGAGAAGAGAGCCAGGCGGCCUGGGCCAACCCGCGGCAGGUGGGGCGGCCCCGCCUUCCUCCGGCGCCGCCGAGCAGAAACGACUGUUUUGAGAGAUGUGCUGCAAUGCCUCACUUACAUUUGACUGUCUGGACUUAAAACUGGAAAGGAAAAUACAUUAUGGCAGUUCUCCAUUCAUCAUGCUGUAUCACCAGCGGUGGCUGAGCUGAAGUUUCCUGCAUCCUAGGGAGAGUAUGUAUAAAAGGAAUGGCCUCAUGGCCAACGUGACAGUGACCUCCGCCACUCCAGAGGGCAGUAGCAGUUCAGACUCUCUGGAAGGACGGAGUUCAGAUUAUGCCCAUAAAAGCUAUGACGCAGUUGUAUUUGAUGUCUUGAAAGUAACUCCAGAGGAGUUUGCCAGUCAGAUUACGUUGAUGGAUAUGCCAGUAUUUAAAGCUAUACAGCCAGAGGAACUAGCAAGUUGUGGAUGGAACAAGAAAGAGAAACACAUCCUUGCCCCCAAUAUUGUUGCCUUUACAAGGAGGUUUAAUCAGGUCAGUUUCUGGGUUGUACGAGAAAUUUUAACAGCACAGACCUUAAAAAUAAGAGCAGAAAUAUUGAGCCAUUUUGUGAAAAUAGCAAAGAAACUUCUAGAAUUGAACAACCUCCAUUCCCUCAUGUCUGUGGUUUCAGCACUGCAAAGCGCACCUAUUUUCAGGCUGACAAAAACCUGGGCACUUUUGAAUCGCAAAGACAAGACCACCUUUGAGAAGCUGGACUACUUAAUGUCUAAGGAAGAUAAUUAUAAGAGGAUGCGGGAAUACAUCAGAUGUUUGAAGAUGGUCCCUUGUAUUCCUUAUCUAGGGAUCUAUCUGUUGGAUUUAAUUUACAUAGAUUCCGCAUAUCCUGCCUCAGGCAGCAUCAUGGAGAACGAACAAAGAUCCAAUCAGAUGAACAAUAUCCUCCGAAUAAUUGCUGAUUUGCAAGUCUCCUGUAGCUACGAUCACCUUAUAACGUUACCCCAUGUGCAAAAAUACUUAAAGUCUGUCCGGUACAUUGAAGAGCUUCAAAAGUUUGUGGAAGAUGACAACUACAAAUUGUCCCUGAGAAUUGAACCAGGAAACAGCUCUCCGCGACUGGUAUCUUCAAAGGAAGAUCUUGCAGUGCCUGCUAACGGACCAGAGGGCUAUAAAAAUGUUGUUACAGUGAAUUCACAACCAGACAUUCGUGAACAUUCCUCAAGCAAGCAGUUGAAGCAGAGUUGCUUGGGUCCGUCAGAGGUGUCAGCAGCUGUGAGGUUCAGCAGGAGACCAACCUGUCCUGAUGCCUCGGUGGCAACCAGCCUGCCUACUCCUCCUGUUCCACGGCACAGGAAGAGUCACAGCCUGGGAAACAAUAUGAUGUGUCAGUUCAGUGUAGUUGAAAGUAAAAGCGCAACGUUCCCAACAGAGAAACCCCGCCACCUGCUGGAUGACAGUGUUCUAGAAUCCCACAGUCCUGUCAGAAACCACACACUAAGCUCUGUUUUCACCAAUGGUAUUUCCAUAGGAAGCAGUGAAAGUUCAGAAUUUAGUGAGGAGCCAUCUUCAGGGCUUGAGAGGGGUCGGUUGUACGCCACGCUGGGGCCCAACUGGCGGGUACCAAUUCGGAAUUCUCCCAGAAGUCGAAGCUGUGUCUACAGUCCAACAGGGGCGUGCAGCUGCACACCAGGGAGUUCCAUAGGAGUUGUUACCAUGGAAGGGCCUUUAAGAAGGAAGACGUUAUUAAAGGAAGGCAGGAAGCCUACACUUUCCUCAUGGACUAGAUAUUGGGUUAUCCUUUCAGGAUCGACUCUGAUCUACUUUGGAGCAAAAUCAUUAAGAGGCACUGAAAGAAAGCAUUAUAAAUCUACUCCAGGAAAGAAGGUUUCCAUUGUGGGCUGGAUGGUAGCACUGCCUGAUGAUCCUGAACACCCUGAUAUUUUUCAGCUAAAUAACCCAGAUAAAGGCAAUGUUUACAAGUUUCAGACUGGUUCAAGGUUUCAUGCAAUACUGUGGCACAAGCAUUUGGACGACGCAUGCAGAAGCAACAGGCCUCAGGUACCUGCAAACCUUAUGUCAUUCGAAUAACAUGCGUCCAGUAUGUGAUGUGACUUCAAGUGCCAAACUGCAGGAUGGGAGAAUUGUUCCCACUGAAGAACGGAGGACGUAGACUCCAGAGCGAGCCAACUGUCUGUAACAGCAACUUCAGCACUUUUCUAUAUAACUUGAAAGUAAUUAUGACACAGCUUCUAAAAGCAGAAAGUGAAUGUUGUCCUUAGGACAGGACCUAACCCAAUGCACUGAUGAGAGAGAUGGUUUAGACUGACUGAAGAUAACCCCCUGCCCAGCGCAGGAUCCUUGAGUCCUUGACUUAGCUUUGUGGUCACAGACUACCGUGGAUUUCUGUUCUACCACAAACUGUGCAUCACAUCUUCUGCGGAUUCUUUUUUUUUUUUUAACUGCUCUUUUUAUUGUUGAGCUGCUUUAUGUGACUGAAGAACAUUUAGCCCAUGUUGGGUUUUCAAUUAUUUCUAAUGCACAAAACGAUUGACAGUGUUAACUUGCUGCAAAGUGUCAAUUAGACUAGGACAUUGUGGAACAACAUUUUUAUAACCUUAAGUGCACUGAGUUGCUUGGCAAUGUGGCUGCCUCAGAUUUUGUAUCAAACUUAGGGACAAAACUGAUGUUCAUACCUGAGCUAUUUGGGAAAUGUGUAUUUUGGCACAAGGUAAACCACCUGUAAUUUAGUGUUCCUUUCUUGUAGCUGGUUAUGUUGCUUUACUUUAAUUUACUGGAGGUGCUCAGGCAAAUUAAGAGUCUGUUGCUGCUGAAAUUCACUUGGUGUUUAAGGCUCACCCUGGGUCCCUUCACCCCAAAAGAAACAUUUGCCUUAAAUUUUUUGGUUUUCUUCCUUUAACAGUGGGUGUGGUUCAUCUAAAAUGUUGAACUGUGCAUGUGUCACCUGCACCCCUAGAGCUGCCUUCAGGUCUCCCAGGUCACAUGGCAUCUGCUUCGCAGAGGAGGUGAGCUGAACAAGUUUUCCUGCCUUGGGAAGAAGGAGGGAGUCCCCUUCCCUUUCUCCCAGUAAGGGGAAUGUUAGGUUUACCACCAAGCCCAUUCUGAUCCACCCUUUCGAUCUCAUAGAAAAUUGGUGUUCAGAUUCUACUCAGCAGGGAAAGAUCAGUCAAAUCAUCUCCCCCUUUAUCUCCUUAACAAUGGCCCUUAAACACUCGGGCACUGCAUGCUUGCCAGAGAAGCUGAAUGACACAGCACUGGAUCUCUGUGGUAAGCCAGUGGUCAUUUUGGAUGAUCAGAGCCCUACAUUUUAUGAAAGGCACUAGUGGAGGGGUGUUGUUUACUGAUCUGACUGGACCUUAAUUGUUUUUAAAGAUUUUUAUUGUAAAUGGUUUUCUUUCAUGUUAAGUGUCUUGAUGAUUGUUGACUGCAAUUUUUUUUUUAAAAUUGUCAUGUUGUAUGUCUCUGUCAUGGUCCUGAGAGUGAAACCCAGUAUAUGAAGCUAGCUCUUGAAUCUUGUCAGCUCCUCAUGAGGGGAGUCGGGCAGUUUUCCAUGCAAGUGUGUCCCCGGGCACCCUUUUCACUUGGUCAGGUUAGUUGGGAGCUCUGCAGCUGGUUGCCAUGUCAGCCCAGAAGCUGACUGUGUGCAAGUGAACAAAUGUUUGUCCAGCUACAAAUUCCCAAAUAGGCAAACAGGAUGUUAUAUUCAGGGUUAUUGUUAGGGCCUAUUUCUGAGCCUUGUGUUAAGACACAGUUCUGAAUUGCUGUCUUGCACAAAGAGAUGAUUGCAGUUUACAGAUCUGGAUUGUUCUGCAGAAUGAAAGGUUUCUCUGGAUUUGCCAUCAAAAGUGAAAGUGUAAGAAUAUGGCUUUGAAAGGACCCUGAAUGUACUGAUGAUGUCCCAUCUAUCUUUCAGGAUAGGGAAAGAGAAAUGUCUUGUCAGCUGUAUGAUUGUCUUUUUAAAAACAACAUAAAAUUAACUGUCUAUCAGCAUUUCCUGCAAUGUAAGCUAGUACCCUAUUCUAGCACCAUGGAGAAUGCUAGGAUCCCUUUUACUGUCGUAUUCAGUCCAAGCAUUGUCCCUGUUCAUAGCAAUAUUCCUGAAUUCUAGCCUGUGCAGGUUCUAAGUAUGCCAAAAAUACAAAAGAGCUCCCAACCUGAAAUAAUGAAUCUGAGGAUGCCAAAAGAUAAACACAUGAACUGGGCCUUUCCCAUGCUGCCAAAGAGCUACACUAAGGGAAUUUCAAUAUGAGACAACAUAUCACUUCAAGGGAAUAAUGGUGGUGGUUCACGUUGGCAGUCAGUCAAUAAUUACAGGGAGGUUUAUAUGGAACUGUAUGGCUCAGUUGCUUAGAGGUUAACAUAGACACUGGAUAGGGUACAAAAUUAUAGCUCUUCCCCCAAAGUAUAUUUUAAACAAAAUAGAUUCAAACUGCCCAGGAUGAGUCCCAAGAUCUACAUAUAUCAGUAAUCCAGGUGCUCAUGGUUAGUGUCAUAACGGUCACAUUUAACUCUUGUAACAGAUGCCCUUUGCUAACUCAUUCAUUCACAAGUCAGUGUAUACUACACAUGUAAUUUUCAGGGGCUACAGGCAUAUGCUAAGCACUGCUAUAAUCAAAGGGAUAGUUGGAUCAUUUUUAGAUGCCCUCUAGAGAGCAAAAGCAGCUACUAACCAUGUGCAUGUAGCGAUGUGGAAAAUGAAUGUUGCCACCCUAAACAAACAUACAAAGAAGUAAGUCCCAUUGAACCCAGUGGGACUUACUUCUGACUAAAAGUGCUUAUAAUAUGGGCUCCCUAAAAACAAAUCUCUUCUUUGCUUUUGAAUUAUUUCACGAAGAAACAAGCCUUUGAAAAAUCACCGUUUUCUCAAAAGAAAAAUGCCUCCCCCAAAUCUUACUCACCUUCACCAAUGUAGAUCGAUCUCCUCAGCCAUGAGGAAUUGGAACUGGAAAUCAGCAGGGGCCUUGAUCUGACAUUGCACAGGUGAAAAAGGACACUUGUCAUGGUGACACCCAUGUGGAGAAGUCUCUCCUUUUCUAAUGAAUGAAACUUGCAUGCAAAUGUGGAGGGAAGAAAAUCCCUUGGAAUUAAACUACUUGAAAGUCCCUCUGCAAAGUUGCAUUUGGAAUGUUGUGUGUGUCUUUUCUUUUUUUCCUUCAAAGAACUGGUAAUGCAAAUGGCUGACUGUGAUCUUAAUUUGUUGUAUAGAUAGUAUUGCAUCUAAUGGACAUGAACAUGGACAACUGUACAAUAAUGACUUCUGUGAUGAUGGAGGAACAUGAUGCAGUGUUCAGCAAUACAGGCCACUUUGCUGCACAGUGUUUUGAGAAGAUGAAAUAAAUGAGUGAUAGAACAGCAUAUUGAUAUUGUUAUUAGCAUAAUCCACAUUUAAAUAGUUCUCUUCCUAUAAAAGCAUGAACUCUACUUAGCUACUGAUUUUUUUUAGUGCACCUUUUACUGUGAAUUAAAUAAUAAAACAAUGCAUAUUGGUACUUCUUAAAAUAUCACCUCUUAUCAAAGGAUAUCACAGACUCCCUGCUCCAAUCUAGAGCCUUGCGUGUCUCUGAUAUCUGCGUAGCUAUCGUGCUCACAGGCUUCCCCACUCAUGUCAUUGGUGGUCUCAAAGCCAUGCCUUCAAGGACAUGGGUCUCAGCUCCUUCCUUUGAAAUGAAGCGGGAAUUGUUCUGUGUGGGAUAGUUAUCAGUGCACGCCAGAACAGAUUGCCCGACCAGGGUGCCGGUUGUGGUGAAAAUCGCGCAAAGCUAGCCUCUUGGUUCAGCAAUUUUGUAAAAAUGUCAAACUGUUUCCAGGGUGACUGUUUUAAUGACUUGUGAAGCUAUGAGCUAUAUGGAGGCAAUAUUAUUUAUUAUUAAUUUAUUUGUGUGUGUGUGUGUGUAUGUGUGUAAUUUUACAAUUCACUUAGUGCCAAAAUGCAUGUUUUUCCAAUUAGCACCCAGAUGAGGCAUAGACAAUAGUACUCAAUUUUUGAACCAUUUGUCACAUUGUGAUGUGAACCGAUUUCUAUUUUAAUUUUCUUGUGAGAACUGUUGCACUAUCUCUCUCUUUUUUUAAUGGCCGUAUUCCAGCAGCCCACUGCAUGCCAUUUGUGUAAGGCCUCUUCCUAAAAAAAAAAAUCUUGUGAAUUGUCUCACUCAUGAUAACCACUGAACUUUUAACCCUUGUGUGGGAGUCUUUUAGGUUUUUGGCAAAGUAUUUUGUUACCUCAGUCUUCUAUCAGGUUGCUGUAUUUUUCAGCUUGUUACAUGGAUAAUGAUUGUUUCACUAAUUAAAAAACUUUAAUGUAAAAAAA